GCUACGGUUCACAACUGACCGCGUCUCCUGCCAGCCGCGGCAAAGAGCCUCGCGCAGCCAGCCGGGGGACCCCACGCCAGACCCCCGUGGGAAGUGGAUGGGCUUGCCUGGGCGGCUUUCCCCCUGAGACCGAGGACGGGAGACAGCCCCGAAGGGCGACCCGGGCUCCUCCGACCGGCCCUCGCCUUCCCUCCCCCGACCUCUCCUUCAGCAGGGGGCGAGGGGCGCCGGGGACAGCUCCGGCCGCGAUGGAUCCCUUCGAAGAGCCCUCGCUGGACGGCUUGGAUCUCUCGCUGAGUCUCCAGGAAACCGCCGAGAUAGACACGGCCCUCCUGAGCGACAUUGACGAUAUGCUCCAAUUGAUCACCACCGAAGACAACGACUUCUCUGAUCUGGUGGACACAUCUUUCGGUUCCCAGCUUCCUCCCGAUCUGAACCCCCAUGGACCCAGUAUCUUCAGCAGUUAUGGGGGGGCAAAAGCCCCCUCUCCCACUAGCUUGUUCCACCUUCCAACCACAUCUCCACCCAGCUUCCAGACCCUGCCCACCGCUUGCCUGAACAUGCCUCCAUCUCCAGUGGAUGUCAAAGAAGAAUCCUUGGGCCCAACGCUAAGCCCACCUCAAAGCCAGCUGCCCGCCGGCAUGAUACCUUCUCCAAAUAUUGUUCCAGCUGCCCAGAUGCCUUUCUCCACCCAGCCCUUGAUGGAUUUCCAGACCCAAAAUAGUAUUUCUGCUCCCCAGCCAGGAGGGACACCCCAGCAGCCCCCACCGGCCUCCACCAAGCCCCAGCAGAUGCAGCCUUCUCUGAAACCAACGCCAUUCCAGAACAUCGCUCCCCAACAGCUUCUGGCUGCCAGCAGCCCCCAGGUGGUCCAGCAAGUGCCGGUCCUUCUGCAGCCCCACUUCAUCAAGGCCGACUCCCUCCUUCUGACCACCGUCUCCGGAGCCAAAACGCCCAACACCAGCUCCGUGGUCACCUCCACAGCCUUGCAGAUGCCAACCCUGGUGAGCGGGGGCACCAUCCUGGCGACAGUGCCACUGAUGGUGGACACUGACAAGCUGCCCAUCAACCGCCUGACCGCUGGGAAGCCUGUGGUCACCCAGAACAAGGGCGAGAAGCGCACCGCUCACAAUGCUAUUGAGAAACGCUACCGUUCCUCCAUCAAUGACAAGAUAUCUGAGCUGAAGGUCCUGGUCGUGGGCACAGAAGCCAAGCUGAACAAGUCGGCCAUCCUACGCAAAGCCAUCGACUAUAUCCGCUACCUGAAGCAGACCAACCAGAAGCUGAAGGGGGAGAACAUGGCCCUUAAAAUGGCAGCGCAGAAGAACAAAUCGCUGAAAGAUUUGGUGGCCGUAUGUGGCGGAAACAUGGAGGAUCCGGCAGAGGGAAUGAAGAUGAUGGAAGCUUUGACGCCCCCACCCUCAGAUGCCGGUUCCCCUUCGCACAGCAGCCCGCUCUCCUUCGGAGGCGUCAGUGGAACCGAUUCGGAGCCAGACAGCCCUUCGUGCGAGGAGGCCAAGGUGAAACCCGAAUAUCAGGGCCCUCCAUCGGGCAGCCUGGGAAUGCUGGACAGGUCCCGCAUGGCUCUCUGCACGUUCGUCUUCCUCUGUCUCUCCUUCAAUCCGCUUUCUUCCCUGCUUGGCGGAGUCAGCCUCAGAGGUUCUUCCGAGGCUUUGGGCCAUGAUGGUUCCAGGCGCAGCAUCCUGGCCACGGAGGAGUCAGAAAGUGAGUGAAAGGCACCACCUGGGCCAAGCCUGUA